AUGGCCGCCGAACAACGAAAGCUGCUUGAGCAGCUCAUGGGCGCAUCCGUCACGUCGCAAGCCGCCAAACCUUCCUUCUCCGACCCGAAGCUAUGUCGUUCAUAUAUCGCAGGCACCUGCCCUCACAUCCUCUUCACCAACACAAAGCAAGAUCUGGGGCCUUGCCCAAAAAUUCACUCCGAAGCUCUCAAGACCGAAUACGAUGCCAUGUCUGAACGCGAAAAGAGCAAGCUCGGGUUUGAGUACGAUUACAUUCGACAUUUAUACCAGUAUAUCGACGAAUGUAACAGAGGUAUUGAAGCUGCCCAACGGCGCUUGAAAAAGACACCAGAAGAGAUCCGACAGACCAACGUCAUGCUGAAAGCAAUAUCCGAUCUCAAUACUUCAAUUCACAACGGCCUCCUCGAAGUCGAAAUACUCGGCUCCAUGUCGGAGGUCUCGCGCGCGCAGGAUGAACUAUUUCGAGUGCGGCAGGCAAUGCAGGCCAAGGCAGAGAAGGAAAAGGAGCUCAAGGCCCUCGCGGACACCUCUGGCCCGUCGGGCCACCAGAAGCUGCAAGUCUGCGACGUAUGCGGCGCGUACCUCAGUCGUUUGGACAACGACCGCCGUCUGGCAGAUCACUUUUACGGCAAGAUGCAUCUGGGCUUUGCGCAGAUGCGCAAGACGUACGAUGCAUUCCCGAGAGAAAUGAAAACGAGAGCCAGAACGAUGCACGACGAUGACGGUCCCGGCGGCGGCGGCCCAAGAGGACCCAGAGGGCAUGGUGGAGGAGGGGGAGGAUACAGAGGCAAAAGUGGCCGUGGCUAUCGUGGCGGAUGGUAG